AUGGUUUUAAAGAAUAUAGAAAAAACCCUAAAAGACUUGGAAACGAGAAUUAAGGAAUUAGAGCAAAGUAACGAAGGAUUACGUUCAGAAUUAAUAUAUUUAGAAAAAAAGGUCAGAGAGCGAGAAGAAGAAACCAAAAUCAUUAUUAAUAAUUUAGAAGAAAAAGCUAAAGCACGAGAAGAAGGAACUAAUGCCAAAAUUAAUAAUUUAGAAGAAAAAUUUAAAGUUCAAGAAGAAAUCAAAACCAAUAUUAAUAAUUUAGAAGUUAAGAUAAGAGAACGAGAAGAAAUGUCCAAAGAAAAGCAAGAAAUUAAUGAAUUAGAAAACAGAAUCAGAA